AUGUUGGCCAAUCGAAAGGUUUUAUGCACUAUUGGAGAUGUGAAUAUAAGGAUUAUACAGGGACAUAUGGCAAGGCGAAAAGUUCAUAAGAGUCGCCCCCUUAUAGAAAUACUUGAGGCUGAGCGAGAGCCACAUCUUAGUGUUGGAAAUGUUGUUCCACCUCAGAAAGGUCAUUUGGUGAAAGACUACAUAGUUUCUAAGGUGACUAAUUUCGGAGAUACACGAGCUUGCUUCAAUUGUGGGCAAUCCGGACAUUUGGCUAGUGAUUGCACUCGAACCGCUUCUUCUGCUAGUACUGGAGUUGGCUAUUGUUUAUCUAUUAGUACUCCAAUUACGGAUUGUGUUAUAAUUGAGGAGGUAUAUCGAGGUUCUAUGCUACAGUUGGGAGAUAAGGAGAUGGUAGCGGAUUUAUUGCCUUUAAGGAUGCUUGAUUUUGAUUUUAUUUUGGGAAUGGAUCGGUUGGCUUCUUACCAUGCUACGGUGGAUUGUUAUAGGAAAGAGGUAGUAUUUUCCAAUUUUGGGGAACCUGAAUUUAGAUUUUGUGGAGAUCGAUGUGCGUCCCCAUCUUAUGUUAUUUCUGUUAUUACCGCUAGAGAAAUGCUUAAGAAGGGGUGUCAAGGAUACUUAGCCUAUGUGGUUGACUCCGAAUUGAGUGGUCUAAGGUUGGAGGAUAUACCAAUUGUGCGUGACUUCGUAGAUAUUUUUCCUGAUGAAUUACCUGGAUUACCCCCAGAUCGAGAAAUUGAGUUUGCUAUUGACUUAAUUCCUGGAAAUACCCCAAUUUCUAGUGCACCUUAUCGUAUGGCCCCAGAGGAACUUAAGGAGCUUAAGAUGCAAUUACAAGAGUUAUUAGAUAAAGGCUGA